UUAUUUUUUUACGAUAUAAAAAAACGCGACGAGGGGUUGAAGUUUGCUGAGGGUUGAGUUCGAGCUCUUCUUUCAAAUUAAGGACAGUAGCAAAGGGUCUCUGUUGCAAACUCUGGAGAGCUGGGCUAUAUGAAGAUCGCCACACAGUUGUUGGUUUCCCCUCGCAGAAAUGCCAGUGCGUGCUGUGACCACCAGGUUCAUGUACAAGGGACUUUGCACUAUUCCAGAUAUCCUCACCUACCGGACCCCUGUUAUCCUGCCUGAGGAUGAGGUGGAAGAGAUUCGUGAGGCUUUCAAGGUAUUUGACCGAGAUGGGAACGGCUUUAUCUCAAAGCAGGAGCUGGGGACGGCCAUGCGCUCACUGGGCUACAUGCCCAAUGAGGUGGAGCUGGAGGUCAUCAUCCAAAGACUUGACAUGGACGGUGACGGUCAGGUCGGCUUCGAAGAAUUUGUCACAUUACUCGGACCUAAACUCUCUUCUGCUGGAAUGCCCGAUAAGUUCCACGGAGCCGACUUUGAUUCAGUGUUUUGGAAGUGCGACAUGCAGAAACUGACUGUGGACGAGCUGAAGAGGCUGCUUUACGACACUUUUCGUGACCACCUCACUAUGAAAGACAUCGAGAACAUCAUCAUAACUGAGGAGAGCCACCUGAACAGCCCAGAGUCCCAUGUGGACAUUGACACUAGCCCAACUCAACAGGAAAAACACACGUGUGUGCGCAAAAGCCUGAUUUGUGCCUUCGCCAUUGCAUUCAUCAUCAGCGUUAUGCUCAUCGCAGCGAAUCAAAUGCUUCGCAGAGGGAUGAAGUGAAUACAGCUGAUUCCAAUAAGGUUGGACUGAAAAAGCUAAUGUUAACCCAAAUACGUUUCUGUUAUUGGUUUUGUUCAGUGUUUUCAACGACGAUGCUACAACAGCUUCUCUCAAUAACGGAUGAAUUGAUGUCAUGCAGUGAUUCUUAGUGACCACAGCGUAACACGGUAAAACAAAAAGAAACUAAUUUCAAGGGCUGGUUAGUUUCCUAAAACAGUCAGACUCAAAUCUCUGAUGUUUUCUAAAGGAUUAGAUAGUGAACCAGACUGUAGAAGACGUCCAUGUUCAGUUUGUGCUGUAGUGAUAGCUGUGCUGUGUCUAAUAUCUCAAAAACAAUCAAUGUUAUGGAUUAGAGCUAAAUGCAAUUUGGAAUGCGCCUAAUAACGAUUAUAGUGCUAAAGCAAUACAAAGGUAGCGAUGGGAUGAAUAUUGGUGUUUUAAGUCACUUGCUUAAAACACAAAUUAGUGUCUCUUUUAUUUUAGUGUUGCUAUAUUUUAUGUGUGUGUACAGAUAUCUUUGUGAGGAAGAGUUUCAACCUACAACAUUUUAGGAAAGUGAGGACAUUUUGGCCACUUCUCACACACAAGCAUUUAGUUGGAUAAGGGACUAGAGAAUGCAUUAUGUCAAUGAGGGUCCUCACUAAGAUAAAAGUAUAAAUGUGUGUGUGUAUUUUUUUUUUUAUCUCUAAUUUGUCCAAUACUGUGACUAAAUGCCGGUGCAACCAAAAAAACAUUCCCAUAGCUGUACUUUGUCUUUAGUGCUUUGCAGCAAAUCUUAGCCUGUUACCACACAGGUCCGGGUUGGUGAACAUGUUAAUACUAAACAUCAGCAUGUUAGCAUUGUCAGUGUAAACUGUUAUAACUGAGUACUCACAGAGCCACUAGCUUGUCCAGGAUAAAGUGGGUAUAGUGUAGUUAUAUACAGCUUUAGGACCACACAUGUGACAUCACACAAAUCUGUCAGAUUGCAGUGAUUUGUAAAAUUCUUGUUUUUGUGAAGCAUUUUUUGCUGUAAAAAGCAAAAACAUCAAAAGAAGAAAAAAGGGCAUUGACCAAGUUACGAAGUACAAAGAACCCAAGAAUUAGAAAAGUGCUAAAAAGAGACGGCCCUCCACCACAUGCUGUGUUCUCCAGUCAGCAGUUCUGCAGACAAAUCCUGUGGCGUAAUUCCAAGGAUGUCUAUAAAAAAAAAACAAAUUGGCUUGUUUUUUAUGCUCAGAGUGGGACCUCUCAGCUGAGCAGCUGGGGAUUCCUCUGUAAAUCAAACAGCUGUUUACCGAGCUGAAAGGUGGAGAGCCGGCAGUUUAAGAUGGAGGUAAACAAUGAACUACAAAUUAAAGGCAUGACACCGAAGGGAAACACCAAAUCCCUGAAAUGUCAGACAUGAGUGUAUACGUGGGUCUUUAUGCAAAAAUUCCCAAGAUUAACGUUAAUCCCCUGCAACUGGUGAAACAUGUUUCCAUCUGCCAGUGAUACUUCAAAUGUUACUACAUAUUUCAAAUCUUUGCAUCCAAGGCACCACAAUGAGACACAUUUGAGAAACUGUGUAACCUGGGCAACCGUCUGUGAGUAAAAACCCAUCAUAACAUGAGUAGAGUUCAAAUAAAACUGUAAUAUUUAAAGCAGAUGAGUUAGUUCACACAACACACCUGCAUGACCAUUAAAUCUGAAAUAAAUGUGUGUUCUAUGUGUGUGAGGUCAAAUCUUGAAUUCUGAUGUACGUAUUCAAAUAAUUAUGCAAUUUGUAUAGUGGUCAUUGCAAGAAAUAAUCUCAGUAUAUGACAUUUUCCAGUAAAUGUCAAAUUUUGUCGACGUGCAAACAAAUACUCAACACUCUGCAGUAUGCUGUGAACGAUAAUUUAACAUAUCACGAGAAUGUUGUUUUCUGGCUUUU